AUGCACUGUCUGGACUGCAAGGCCGUUGAGGACAUUCCAUAUGACUUCUAUGAUGAUCACCGUGAGAUGGCUCUGUGGGAUGACAUCGCCCUAUAUUCUGGAUGGUUGGUUGUCAAUUCGACCAUUAUUGUUCGUUAUCUUUCGGAGCGCGUCAUGCGUCAGUUUGGCUUCCAGCAGACGAUACCCCGUCAUCCUUCUGACUCCGCUCCUAUCACCAUGACCCGUUGGCAGCUAGAUGAGGUCUUUGCAGACUGGGAGCACCACAUGGUUCCUGACGAGGCUCGGGAGACCAGAUUAGAGGUAGACUGGAGCUGCAUUGACAGGUACAUCACGUGGUACUACAGAGUGUCACACCCAUACAUACUUCCCAUCGCACCUGGAUUACCGCCCAGACCAGCCUACGAGGAGAUUUUGCGUACUCAUCAGGCUCAGAUGGACUACACUUAG